AUGGCCUCUGUUCAAGAUUCCACUACACUGCAAGUAAACUAUAUUCCCUCUCAGUCCACAAGUAAGGAGGCUUUGGAUUUGAUAGAAGUGAGAAAAAAUGACGACCUUGCGACUCAUAUAUCCAAAAGCGUCGAAGUGAACACUUCCGAGUUACCCGCAGUUGUUAAACUCCUUCACUUCAAUUGCUUCUCGGUCCUCAAAAACCCAAAAACGUUUGGCAAGACCCUACUCAAAUUCUGUACAUUUCUUGGUCCGGGGACCAUUAUCAGUGUUGCAUACGUGGAUCCUGAUAAUUUCCAAAUCGCGUUAACGUCUGGAGCCCAGUUCGAGUUCAGGUUACUGGUGAUGAUACUCCUGUCUAAUCUCAUUGCUAUAUAUCUUCAGGUGUGCUAUGAAUGUGUGAGGAUAAUACAGACGUGUGGCUAAUUGACGAGACAGGCUUUAGCGACAAAACUGGGAUGCGUUACUGGAUUAGAUUUGGCACAGAUGAACCGUGCUUAUCUACCUUCAUGGCUAAACUUCUUUUUGUAUUUCAUCGCUGAAGCUGCGAUUAUUUGUACGGAUAUUGGACAAGUGUGCCUCCCUCUUUUGGGCCUCUGAUUAUCACUGCCCACCAAAAGAUCUUUGUACUAAUUGUCCCUAGGUGAUUGGAACAGCAAUUGCACUCAAAUUGCUGAUUCCAAAAUUACCAUUAGUCGGAGGCUGUGCUCUAGCAGUCGCUGAUACCCUGUUCAUUCUUUUCUUCUACAAAACUGACGGCUCACUGGGAGAUAUACGCAUUUUCGAACUGUUUGUUGGUGUCUUCAUCAUUGGUGUUUUCGUCAGCUUCUGCAUCGAGCUCUCUAUGAUCACUGCGCCUGUCGGACAAGUAUUUAAAGGCUUUCUGCCAUCAAGGCAGAUAUUUGUCUCCGAGGGGUAAGUUCCCAGGCCCUUGAUCAAGCAGUAUUCUCACAGAACCCACAAGCCUCUACCAAUCUUGCGCCAUCCUAGGAGGAACUUUGAUGCCCCAUGCUUUGUAUCUCGGCUCUGGUCUCGUCCAGGCCCGAAUGCGCGACUUCGACCGCUCACACUCAACUUAUCAUGACGCUCUCCCUUCACAUAACUCAAAAUACGCGAUGCCCAUUUAUCGCCCGACCCUCUCGGCAAUAGCCUCCUGCAUGUCCUGGAGUAUCGCUGAACUAUGCAUCACCCUUUUCAUUGUAACAAUUUUCGUGAACUCCGCUAUCCUAAUUGUAGCAGCAUCCCGCUUCUAUCCCAAUUCUAUCGAAGCAACUCUUCCAGGGAUGUAUGAAUUAUUCGUCAACACCAUCGGUCACGCAAGCGGUACCAUCUUCGCCCUCUCACUUCUCUUCUCUGGUCUGAGCUCUGGAAUCGUCGCAACGAUGGCUGGACAGCUUGUUUGCGAAGGUGCGAUGAAUUGGCGGAUCCACCCCUUUUUGCGACGUCUAGUGACGAGAUGUAUCGCUUGCAUACCAGCUCUCAUCAUUGCCGCGUCCACGGGCCAGGAAGGAUUAGCUGCUGCCUUGAAUGCAUGCAACGUUGUUCUUAGCGUUGCGUUGAUCUUCCUUACCCUGCCGCUGAUUUGUUAUACAAGUUGUCAUCGAUACAUGCGUGUUAACGUGGAUGAUACCAGGGAAUCGGUGGGUGUCGUGGAUGGAAUUUUGAGUUAUGAGGUCAGUAGGAGUUUAGGGAGAAGGGAAGAGGGAACUAUGACUUUGGCGAACAAUUGGGGCACUACUGUUGUGGCGUUUUUCAUUUGGGGUGUUUUGGUGGCCCUCAAUGUUGCGACUUUGACGUUGUUGGGUUUGGGGAUUGGUGGUGAAGACUAG